AUGCUGUCAAGCCUAACAACAAAGAUCGCCCUCAAGAAGGUCGGGCUGAAUAGCAAGAGCUUCGACUUCAGCGGAGGCUCAACGGGCACGAAGAGCAAGAGCGGUUCGAACAAUGACGAAGCCGCGGACGAGAACCCGGGUGGCUGGCCGGCGUGGAUGUCGAUGAAGGCCCUGCCCAUCACCGUGGCGCCAUGGUUCUCCCCACCACCACCGCCGGUGCCCGUGGCCGAGGUCCCAAAGAUCGGCGAUCUGGCCCCGUUGGACCGCGAUAGGAAGCUCGAGUUCGGACGCGGCCGGCCCGUUCUCGUCGUCUUCCUCCGCUGCGUUGGCUGUGCUUUCGCCCAGAAGACCUUCCUUGCGCUACGGGCUCUGGCAAACAAGCACGCAGGUACGCUGACAUGCAUCGCCGUGUCGCACUCGUCGUCCGCCGCCACCCAGAAGUGGAUCGACAUGUUGGGCGGCGCGUGGAACGUCCAGGUCGUCAUCGACGAGGACCGCGCCAUCUACGCCGCCUGGGGCCUGGGUCUGGGAUCCGUGUGGUACGUCUUCAACCCGACGAGCCAGGUUCAGGGGUGGAAAGAGAAAGGUUGGCUCGGGGAGAAGGUUGCGGGUGCGAUCCAGCGGACCGGCACGGGGGCUGGCGCGUCGAGUCCUACGCCUGUCCAGAGGCGAGGGACGGGGAGUACUGGCCAGAAGGGCGCCGUAACGCCGGCGGGCGGUGCAGCGGUAGGGGAUGAGGUAGAAGGGCCUAGCACAGUCAUGGGCAACAAGUGGCAAACGGCGGGUGCGUUCGCGGUCGAUGGGAGGGGGACGGUCGUUUGGGGCGGCAAGGCGUUGAGGGCCGACGAUCCAAUGGACUUGGAGACUGGGGCCAAGAUCCUGGGCAUGUAG